AUCACCGAAGUUGUCUAAGUGAAAAGGGAAAAUUUUCGGGUGCUCAAGAAUCCAUCCAUGCACACGCACACACUAGAGCAACACGCAGGCCGAGGAACAUACACAUUCUCACAGACACAGCGCAGUUGUUGGAAAUGUGCAAAUUGUAUCAAAAAUCCUCUCGAAAGUAAAUAAGUUGAGCAGGAGAGCCAGUGAAAAAUCGAGUGAAAUAAUCAGUGGCAAAUUGUGUGCGAAUGAAAAUGCCAAAAGCAUGCCCAAAGUACUGAAAGAAACGUGUGCAAUUUUGCAGUGCUUUUUGGCUGUGUACAUCGGUGUGUUCGUGUAGUGUGAAAAGCAGUGAAGAAAAGCCGGCUCAGCAGGAGGCGAAAAACGUUUUCCAAACGCAUCAGAUGUAAAUGAGAUGCCGUCGCGCCGGCAGCAGAGGCACCACCAGCACCAGCAAGCAAAACCACGCCGACAUCGCCUCCGGAAAUACCAGGAGCCGCAGCAGCAUCUGAUUAUCAAGUGAAGUGCAGUGGGGCGAGGACUCACUCCGUUCGAAACGAUUGAUACGUUGGAUACAUAGCAUAUAGGAUACCUAUAGCAUACAUUAUAGUCACAGGGAGCAGCGGGACAACUGAUCUUGGGCAGCAGGCAGGGACAUCAUCGAGCAUUUCGGGAAGAGGAUACACGGCGCGCACUCAAGAUGAAGCGACGCAACGCGGAUUGUGGAAAACUUCGGCGGCCGAUUAAGCGCAACAAAAUCACAGAGGGAAUGUACGGCAGCACAACAGUUCUGUACAUGAAGUUUCUGAUCCUUUGGGCCAUAGUUAUGGUUGCCGAUUUCAUGUUCAUGUUCCGCUUUGAGUUCUUGUGGCCAUUCUGGCUGCUCCUUCGCUCCGUGCACGAUUCCUUUAAGUACAAGGGACUGGCAUUCUCCGUACUGUUCGUGUGCAUAGCGAUAACGUCGGAUCUGGUCUGUUUAUUCUUCAUACCCGUUCACUGGCUGCUCUUUGCAGCAAGCACUUAUGUGUGGGUGCAGUACGUCUGGCACACAGAUAAGGGUAUCUGUUUGCCGACGAUAAUACUCUGGAUGUUAUUUGUCUACCUGGAGGUAGGCAUAAGAUGGAAGGACAGUCGCCACAUGCCGCACUUGGAUCUCUGCCGGCCGUUCGCAGCGCACUGCAUUGGCUAUCCGGUUGUCACGCUUGGAUUUGGCUUCAAAAGCUACGUGGGCUACCGCAUGCGCCAGCGCAAGCAGCGCGAGGUGGCCAAGGACAACGAGUUCUACAUGCAGCUCCUACAGCAGGCUCUGCCCGCGGAGGAGGCAGCUGAGGAGGCGUCUGCGGGGGCGACAGCCACAUCCAGCACCGUCGUCGUGGCCAACGGGUCUGCAACUACGCCGGCUCUGGUCGCUUCAUCAGGAGCAACUGCGGCGAACGGGAUUUUGGCCACUGCCACGCAAGCACAAAACCAUCAUGAGCAUCAUCACAGCGGCGGCGCCGGCGCCAGCAGCAGCAGCUCGAGCAAUAGUAAUCAUCACCAUCACCACCAUCAUAGUAACAGCAGUGGCAACAGCGGCAGCAACCAUAACAGCAACAGUAGCAGUGGCGGCGCCAAGGACAGCAGUACGAGCGAGAGUGCAUCAGGCGCCGGCUCGUCGUCCAUUGCAGCGUCUUCAGCAACAGGAGCAGCAGCAGCUGCGUCAUCAGCGUCCGCGACAUCCGCCUCGUCGUCGUCGUCGGCGUCGACGGGCAAGCAGUCGGCGUCUGUCGCAUCCACGGCCACAACAGCAACCUCCAAUGGACACGCUGGUGGUUCAAGGAACCAUCGGCGCAGCAUGGACAAGGAUAAGCAUCGCAACAAGGGUGACGCUGCUGAUAAUGAGCAAAACAAUGGAACGCGGCAAGGUGGUAAAAAUAGCAGCAACAACUAUCACCAAGUCGAUAGCGCUGCCACAGCAACCGCAACAGUAACAGCUACAUCAAGUAAUAGUAAGGAUAAGGAUAAGGAGAAGUCAGACUGGGAUAGUACCACAAACUAUCCACAACAACAGCAGCAGGGGGGAAAGGAGAAGCACGAGAAAAAGGCUGGUAACGCUGUUCCCAACGGCAAUGCCAAUCACCUGGAAGAUGAAACGGCUAGUGUGGAGGCAACACCACCUGUUGAAAAGGCGCCUAAGGGUCGACGUAAUCGCGGCAAGAAGGAUAAUGCAGCAAAGGACAAUCACAGCCAUCAGCAGCAGCUGGCUCAGCAACAAAAGGAAAAGGACAAGGAGAACACAGCCAACAACAAUAAUAACGACGCAAGCUCAGUAUCAUCUUCGGCGAGCUCCACCUCCAGCAAUGCCAUCGCGAACUUGGCCAGCAAGGUGGUCUCCAAGAUCUGUGAAACGUGCCUCAAACUAGAGGCCGAUGUGAAAAAGUAUCGAGCUGAAAUCAGCCAUAUGAAGCAAAUCGAAAACGAAUUGCGGCAAAAGUUGGACGCCAAUCUCACCAGCAAGUCAUCUCUGCAGGCCAAGCAGAAGGAGUGCGACGACCUGGAAAAGCGCAUUCAAGAGCUGAACAACGCCCGACAUGCUGAUAUGCUCAAUUUGCAGACAGUGGAACGAAGACUAAACGAAGAGCGCCGCCAGAAGCAAUCCCUGGACUCGCAGCUGUCCAACGAGAAGAAGGCUCGAAAGGUGGCCGAGGAGAAGGCGGCUCGUCCGGAGUGCAGUUCCCAGUGCAAACAGCGCCGCCAGCAGAUGGAUGAGGAGCAAAAGCGACUGCGAGGCGAUCUUAAGCAGGCGGAGGAGGCGAAGCAACUUGCUGUCGAACAUGGACGAAAAGUGGAACAAGAGUACCGCAUGCUGGAAGCGAAACUUCGCAAUCGGGAAUCGUCCCAGCCUGAUCCCGAGAUGCUAUUGAACGCCCUGGCUGCCAUGCAGGACAAGAACGCAACGCUGGAGAAGAAUCUAUCCGCAGAGACGAGAGUCAAGCUGGACUUGUUCUCGGCUCUGGGCGCUGCCAAGCGCCAGAUUGAAAUAUCUGACAACCAUCGUCGCUCCAAGGAGGAUGAGGUCAUUGAUCUCAAGGCAAAGAUUGCCCAACUUCUGGCCGUGAUGCCAGACAACUUGUGCAUGAACACUGGCCCACAUGGGCCGGCGAGCAGCAUUCUGCGUAUGAACGACACGCCGCCGCUGCAGUCGGGUCCCGGACCGUCCUCGCCCAUGCUCAGCCUGAGCGCUGCGCAGGAGUACCAACAGCAUCAGCAGCACCAGCAACACCAGCAGCACCAACAGCAUCAACAACAUCAGCAACAUCAGCAGCAUCAGCAACAGCAGCAUCAACAGCAUCAGCAACAUCAGCAGCAUCAGCAGCACCAGCAACAUCAACAGCACCAACAACAUCAGCAGCAUCAGCAGCAGGGAGGCGGUGGGCCUGUCUCCCAGCAGCAAAUGGUGCCGGUCAGUGUCGCAGCUGCCUUCCAAGUUGCUGCAGCCAAUGCCGCUGCUGCAGCCAAUGCCGCUGCUGCCAACGGAAACGGGGGAUCAACGCUAGAUCCCAAUGCUAGCGUGUACACGCCGAAGAAUGGCAACAUGAUGGUGGUGUCGCCGGUGGGCAUGAAUCCCAAUGGGGCGGAUGCCUGACGCCAACAGCAGCAGCAGCAGUCCUUGACAUCGUCGUCGUCGUCCUCGCACAUGCAUCUGCGACGACAAGUUUGAGAUUAUUAUACUUUAUAUGAAUUAGGGAAAAGAAACGCAAACAACAACCGUCGCCACAGCAAACGAUGAGCAGCCCGUAACCCGGUGCCGGUUCCAAGAAGAUGUUUGCAUACAAUAUCUGAAUGUCCGUAAUAUAAAUAAGCAGUUUCCUUUAAAAUUAAAUCACCGCUACAGAAGCGCAGGCAGCACUGAUGAAUUCAGCUUAAAAUUGCUGAACAUUUUCCGUUUUACAAAUUCAAAUUGUUCAAUCCAAUCAGUUUCCUCAAUGAAUUCGGCAUUCCAAACAGAAAUUACCUUGAAGGCCCACUUUUUACUGACCCUUUGAAUAUUCUCAGAUCAUUUAAACAACUGUUUCAAAUCGGCUGCCCGCCGUCACCACACCACAUACACAUUCAGUAACCUCCCUCUAACACGAAAAGUACAUGAUUACUUUAACAAGAUGAUUCGAGAACUCGGAACACAUUUGAAAACGAUAAGAACAGAACACAAAUUUCUAAAAAUAAUAACAAAAUGAAAAUGGCGAUUCGUAUUUUUUAAUUCAUGAUGAAUGCCAAGGAAGUAUCCCUAAAAUCCUUUGUAAAAUGUUUUAUUUUUUUACCAAACGCUGUGACAGAGUUGGACCAACCGAAGUGAUGGCCUUGAUCUUGGGGAGACGGCAGGUGUUCUGCACGACCUCUGCCUCAUGUCCCCUGAUUCAAUGGAAUAUUUUUGAAGUCUGCGCCCUUGAUUUAUUAUCUCAUUAAAUUAUUUUUGUUAUAAAACCUUAAAUGUAUGCUAUAAUUUAGAACUUAUAAUUUUUGAAAACAAACAUCAAACGAAAAACUAUUUUCUUUUAAGUUUUAAUUUAUUUUUGUUUAGUUCUGCUGUUCCUAAGAAACAAAAAAUCGAAAACAACUAAGGAAAACGCUUUAGUUUAUUUACGAGAAGUGAAACGUCGACUAUUUUGUUCAAUAAUAAAGUAACCUUUCGCUGCGAGAAGCA